ACCUUUUUGUGGCUAUAUCUGAAACGGCAAAGACUGCAGAACGACCGAAGUCGCAGAAACCCUAGUAACACGACCAACCAACCAACCAACCCUUCACUCACAGUCAGUCAGUUGUCGUCAGUCCAUCAACAGUCCACAUGCAGCCGGAGAACUUGCCCGGAAGCUCAGAAUUGUACCGGUUGUUGCUGGCUGGUAACGGUGGGAUGGACGUGGGAGGUUACGGAAUUCCGUCCAGUUUUGAUUUUACGGCGAACGCCAGCUUUUCUGGUUCUUCCUUCUAUCCUUUCGAGAUGUCUGGAAUUACGGAUAUGCCACAGGCUCGGGCUCUUGCUGCUUCCAGGAAUCACAAGGAAGCUGAGAAACGCAGGAGGGAGAGAAUCAAUUCGCAUCUCGAUAAGCUACGGACGCUUCUUCCUUGCAAUUCAAAGACAGACAAAGCUUCAUUGUUGGCGAAGGUUAUUCAACACGUCAAAGAGUUAAAGCAGCAGACCUCAGAGAUUCCCGAGCUCGAACUAUUUCCUUCCGAGACGGACGAGAUCACUGUAUUCCCGGGUGACUUUUCCGGUACCGGGAGAUUGAUUCUGAAAGCAUCCUUGUGCUGCGAAGACCGAUCUGAUUUAUUGCCCGAUCUGAUCGAGACACUGAAAUCCCUCCGCCUGAAGACCAUCCGAGCAGAAAUGGCGACGUUGGGAGGUAGAGUCCGGAACGUUCUAGUCGUCGCCGGAGAGGGAGACAACAGCGACGAAUCCAUCGGUUUCUUACGGGACGCCUUGAAAACCUUGGUGGAACGAUCUAACUCCGGCGAUCGUUCUAAAAGGCGUCGAAUGAUCGACCGGAGAACAACAUGAAUUUCCUCCUCGUUCUUCCGACUGCUUUUUUUUUUUCUUUAUUUUGCUUUGUGUGUUUGGUGCUUGUGGGUGGUCUUGUGUGUAUCGUAUCGUCUGUGUUAACUUGUUCUCUGGUGAUCUCGUCUGGUCCGCUAUGCUCUUGACGUUGAGGUCAUGGUGCAGGUACGGAGAAACAGAAAAAGAAUUAACAUUCGGGGAAAGAAAUUAAAAGCUUGUAAGUAAAUUAUCUGUAAGUUGCAGGAGAAGUGUUUCUUCUUCUCCUGUUCUGAAAUCCUUCAUGAACUCGUGCAGUUUCGUUUCUAAAA